GAUGUAAUCCAAACAAUGUUUAUCAAUGUAAUAAUUUUACUGGUGAGGUCUGUGAAUAUGGUUUUAGAGAUGCAUGUAAGCAAUGUGGGGCAUUAUCGUGUCCAACAAGUAUAAAUUCAACGAAAAGUACAAAUUCAGCGCCAAGUGUAAAUUCAUCGAAAAGUACAAAUUCGGCACCAAGUAUAAAGUCAAACGAUCCAAAACAACAAAUUAAAAUUUCAGGACAACUUGAUGAUCUAGAAACAGUUGUUGAAUUUUUUGAAGAUAAAGAUUCUAAUGAUGAAAAGCCAAAUUUAGAAAAAGCAAUAAAAUGCAUCCGCCUUUCAAUGAUGGCCCGACUAAAAUUAACUUCUGGUUUAGCAUUUGUAUCACAAAUGGCAUUAAUUUUGGCGCUGACGCUGGUCUCGAAGAUUUUCACUAUAUUAUUACCACAAUCCACGAGCACAUGGGAUACAAACAGUGAUUUGUAUCUCGUUACACAACAUGCUCUAAAUAUGGGCAGAGAAAUAAC